GAAAAGCUAUAUACAAGUAGUAAACACAUACAUUAAACAUAUUACCAUAAAGAAAGGAAAUAUCUUUGAAAAAUGGGCAUUCAGGACUUACAAGCUUUUCUUGAUAGUAAUUGUAUACCAGGUGGAUCUGUAUCAGUAGAUUUAUUGAAAAUAGCACGUACUGUUACUCAAAGACAGCGUAAUCGGGUUUGCAAAGUAUUAUCACCUCAUUCAACUGCAAAGUUAAGACUAGUUCUCGAUGGAGAAUGCUGCUUGGAUCGACUCUAUGGCGGUUAUUUUUCAGAUUGGGCUUGUGGUGGACAGUGGAACCGUAUGGUGCAAUUUCUAGCAGUGCUUAUACAAGCAACGGAAAUGUCAGGUUUAGAAUUAGCUGUCUUUUUUAAUGGUUCUUUUGAAUCUGCUCGCCGUUCAGAUUGGAUUCAAAAUCAAUUGCAAGUGAGAAUUAAAGUAAAUAAUGUCAUCAAACAUAUUACAACCAAAGGAACUCCGCCGCCAAAGAUUUGGUGGACACCACCUGUAUGUUUAAGAACCAGUCUACGUAUGGCACUUAGAUAUUUUAACGUUGCAGUUUUGUGCAGUAUGGACGAUCAUCGUCAAGAAGUCAUUGCUUAUUGUCGGGAGAAUAAUUUUAAUGGUCUAAUAGCUGACGAUGCCGAAUAUGCUGCAUUUGAUCCACCUAGAUACUUUUCUUCGGAACAAUUAAAGCUUACAUAUAAGGGUUCUCUUGACACAAAAGAAUAUAUUAUUCCUGAACUUUUAAAAGCCUUAAAUAUACCGGCAGAUAGACUAUGCUUAUUGGCAGCAUUACUUGGGAAUUAUAUCUUAACGGAAAAUAAUCUUCUUGACUUCUAUAAAAAAUUAAAUAUUAAUACAAAUACCAAUAAGACAAGCGUUGAACAAACUAUUAAAACACUAGCAAGUUUUGUUAAAGAACUUCCAUCUGUUGAGUUAGAUGUAGUAUCACAAAAAGUAUUUGGUUCUCUAUCCGAUCCAAGGUGUUCCAAGUUAAGGCAAUCUGUACAGUACUACAUAAAUGGUACAAAAGAAGGAUUUUUACAUUAUAAACCUGUAAAACCAACUAAAGCUCACAAGAUAGAUUCCAAACAAAAUUUGCAAACUCAGUCAAACUUAUCUGAUGGACCAUCGACUUCGGAGGGUGAUAGUAGUUUGGAAACUUCUAGAUUUGCCUCUGAAACGUUAGAAAGUGAACGUGAAAGUUUAAAUGCGUACAAGCAAGCAACAGCUAACGCGAAGUCAGCACCACAGAUAGUGAUAGAUCCACCUGGUAUCCAAGGACAUGGGGAUACUGACAAUGCUAGAUCUGAAGAAGAACAAAGUAAUGGUCAUGCUAUAAAUGGCACCCAUAAUCUUUUAAUAAGUUCAUCAAGCUCAAGUAGCAGUUCUUCUGCUACAUCUCCGUCGCAUGCGACUACAGAUUCGACAAAACAAAUAGAAAAGACGACUACCAGUAUUCCUGGUACAGUACCAGAAGUUAUGCGUACCGCAUCUGAAAGACAUCAAAAGGGUCUAAUGUCUCCUCACAUAUACCAAAUUCUUAUAGCUGGUGAAAUUAAAUUGCCAGUUCUUUUAGAGGAUGAAAAUCAUAGGGAAUUUCCUUCUAUUCAUUUUAUUUAUAGACCAGUCAGACAAAUGGUAUAUGCAAUUCUUUUUAAUUUACAUCAUCGAAUGUAUUUAGCAACUAAAAGUAAAGAAAAAGGUGAAAGUGAAAAAAUUGAAGUCCCAGACGUAAUAAUAAAGGAGUGGGUAUGGUCGAAGUCGAAUCCAUAUCAAACUCCAGAAUUAGUCAAAGCAGAACAAAUUGGUUGGGGCGUUCCAACCAUUCAACGUUUAUGGUUUGGCACAGGAAUAGAUGACAAACGUCGUAGAUUAAGAGGAUUUUUAACUUGUAUGAGAUCAGAUACACCUCUUAUGUUAAAUACAUCUUACGUUCCUCAACAUUUUUUAGUUAUGGCUUGUGUUUUACGGUACAUUAUGUCUUUUUCUGAUAAAAUAAAAAUUUUACGUCGGCAAGAAUUAGACGCUUUUAUUGCACAAGCCUUUUCUCCAGAAUUAAUGAAUGCUCAAUAUUUACAGGAAUUACAGCUUCCUUUAGUAACUUCCCGCGGUGUUCAACUCGCGAGUUUAUUUAUGGCAGGUGUAGAGACUGCACUCUUAGCUAAUGACGCUUGCGGCGCUCCAAUACCUUGGUUAAUGUGUUGUCCUUGGUUAUAUUUUGAUGGAAAACUAUUUCAUCAUACAUUGGCACGUGCUACCAUUGCGAAAAAUUUAUUAGAAUUAUGCAGCGGCCAUAUAGAACGUGUUGUAAAAGUUGAAAGGAUGAGGAAGGCUGUACUCGAAGGAAUCAACGUUGUAUUUGCACGACCACCAAUGCCUAUUGCACCAGGUAUUCGUGUGUCAGUACCUCAGAAUAUUUUACCAGCCGGUUGUACGAUUAACGAGGGGUUAAUUCGUGGACGAGGUAAUGGUACAAUACCACCACAGCGUGGUUUAAUGCGUCGUCCUAUACCUUCACGCGGAGGACAAUUGGAGAUAGCUGGUGUCGUUGUUGGUCAGUGGGGUCCUAAUUAUGGUCAACCAGGUCGAUUGCCGCAGCCUAUGCAAGGACAUCCUCGAGGACGACUUCCACCUCAGGUUACUUCAAUAGGCGGUUUGAAGUAUGGUUUACCUCGUGCAUUCAAUCCAAUGGGAAGGCCAACAUUUCCAACACGGGGAAACAAUCGUACACCAAUAGCAGGACGUGGAAAGAAGACUCAGAUGAAGGCAACUAGUAAGAAAAAAACUACUAUUAAGAAGACUAAAGAGUGUGAUAAAAAAGAUAGCAAAGGACGAGGUAUUAAUGUGGAUGGACUAAAUGAUUAUAUAGAUCCUGUUGCAAGUAUUAAUACAACAAAAGAAGUACUGCCAGUACCUGGUCAAUUUGACGAUGCUGUUGAAAAUGGUAAAGUUGUCGAGAAGGGCCAGGGAGAUGCACCACUUCCUGCGCAGGUAGUGGCCGAAAAUUAGGUAUUUACAUAAUAAUCACUUUGUCAUGGACUUUAGACACUCCCGGAUGUGACUGAAGACUGCAAUAUCCAUAUAUAUUCGAUCGGCAAUUGUGCACUGUGAACUUUUGAGCAAUAAUUAAUAAUAUUCUUUACACAUAGAAUGAUAUUUCUGUAAUAGAUACUUCUUAAACGAAGUAUUAUUAUAUUUCUAUUUUGUAAAUGUAAUUUCGCGACGACAAAGAUGAUUAUUAAUAUAAUAUAAUUAUAUUA